GAGCCCUGCCCUCUAAUUACUGCGUAGAUCCGAUCUUAUCUCCAGAGAGACUGUAGGGGGCGCACGUCCACACAUCACGCCCCCCCGCCCGCCCCGGGCUGUUCAACCGACGGCGGAGCGUUUUAUUUUGCUGCGCAUUUGCACCGUUUACGCCGUUCACAUACGCGCGAAUAACACAUCUAAGCGAAGCCGUUUUCGGAUAAUGUCACCAGAGUGAGAGAGUCGUCCAACUCUUCAAAAACGUUGAGAUCAGAAUCAUUCCGCCGGAGUGUUUUUUUUGUGCCUUAACCGGAAACGCGUACCUUGCGUAACACCGAAUUCCGUCCGGCUGCGCUGGUUUCCUCCAUCAACAUGGCGACCUCCGUGUGCGCGAAAGUGCUCCAGAGAUCAGCACGGGGUCUGCCCUUUUACGCUCGAGCGUUCCCUGUUUUCUCAAGCCCCGUCCUGUCUCGUGGUCACAAGCUCAGCCCCAGCGAUGAUGAGCUGUACCAGCGUACAACCGUGACCGUCAUGCAGAAGGAGCCUGACAGCGGGGUCAUGAUAGAAGGCUAUAGCUCCAGAGGAUUCAGCAUUAAUGGCAACCAGGUGUUCGGGCCCUGUGCACUGCUGCCUCCAGCUAUCCUCCAGUGGAACGUGGGCAGUUUUAAAGACAUCACAGAAGAGAGUGUCUCACUUUUCCAUAUGCUUGAACCACGAAUAGAGAUUCUAGUGUUGGGCACAGGAGCACGAACGGAGCGCAUUAAAGCUGAAGUCCUAGCCCUGCUCAAGAAGAAAGGCAUUGCCGUCGAGGUGCAGGACACGCCCAAUGCGUGUGCAACAUUCAACUUCCUUGUGAGUGAACGGCGACUGGCGGCUGCUGGGCUAAUCCCUCCCCCCGUAAGCACGGCCCUGGAAGCAAUAUAGGACUAAAAGAAAGAAACGCUGGCUGGAAUUAGGACAUAAAAAGCCUCUGAUUCCCAGGGCUCUUGAAAGCUACAGUGUUUUGUAAUAAAGGUUGUUAUAAAUAGAAGUGUUGACAGCUGUAUCUUACAACUAGUGCGCUACAGCACUGUAUGCGUGGGGUCGGCUCAUGUGUGUCGUGCAGCUUGAAACCUGGAGACUGUGAAGAUGAUUGUUGGUGGAGCAUUUUGCUGAAAUAAAAUGUUGUGGUAUUACCUUUUAGAUAUGCAAUAUAUGUGCUUCUUGUGUAUUUGUUUUAUUAUGACCGGCAAGCCAACCUACUUGGUAUAUUUAUUUAUGGUAGGUGUCAGAGUAGGAGUAGCUGUGGUCAAGGGAUCCAAAAUGAAUAUGUGCAAAACAGGAAGUGUCUUUUUUUUGUGCACUUGAAUAAAUUAUAAUCUG